CGUAACGUGACGCCCGAGCAGAAGGCGGCCGUGCUGCGCAUCCUCCGGUGCCAGCCAACAGCCUUCUACGAGAUUCUGGAGCUGCCAAAGACGUGCACCGACGCCGAGGUGAAGAAGACGUACCGCAAGCUCUCGCUGCUGACGCAUCCGGACAAGAAUGGUCAAGAGCAGGCCGACGAGGCCUUCAAGAUGGUCGGGCGUGCAUUUGCCGUCCUGGGAGACAAGGAGAAGAGGGAGAAAUAUGAUCGGAUCGGGAUGGAUCCUGAUGACAGGAUGGCCAACAUGAAAGCCCAG